CCCACCAUCCAGGUGGUCCGCACGCAGGAGAAGGACCAGAUCAAGAGCCUCAACAACCGCUUCGCCUCUUUCAUCGAUAAGGUGCGUUUCCUGGAGCAGCAGAAUAAGAUGUUGGAGACCAAGUGGAACCUGAUGCAGAGCCAGUCGAGCACGGGCCGCUCGAACAUCGAGCCCAUGUUCGAGGCCUACAUCAACAACCUGCGCCGCCAGCUCGACCUCAUGCACAACGACAAGACCAAGAUGGACGGAGACCUGAGGAACAUGCAGGGCGUGGUCGAGGAUCUCAAGGACAAGUACGAGGACGAGAUCCACAAGAGGAACACCCGUGAGAAUGAAUUUGUGAUUCUGAAAAAGGAUGUGGACGAUGCUUACAUGUGUAAGGUGGACCUGGAGCAAAAAGUGGCCAGCCUGGUGGACGAAAUCAACUUCCUGAGGGCCAUCUAUGAUGAGGAGAUCAAAGAGCUGCAGAACAGCGUGAAGGACACCUGUGUGGUGGUGCAGAUGGACAACUCCCGCAACCUCAACAUGGACCAGAUCGUGGCCGACGUGAAGGCGCAGUACGAGGACGUCGCUGUGAAAUCCCGCCAAGACACAGAGUCCUGGUACAAGACCAAGUUUGAGCAGGUAUCUUCGCAGGCCAACGUGUACGGGGACGAGCUGCGCAGCACCAAGACGGAGAUCGCCGAGCUGACCCGUCUGAUCAGCCGCCUGCAGAGUGAGAUCGACAACAUCAAGGGACAGAGGGCGAAUCUGGAGGCUCAGAUCGCCGAGGCGGAGGAUCGUGGCGAGCUGGCGGUGAAGGACGCCAAGGCGAAGAUCCGGGAGCUGGAGAAGGCCCUGCACAGGGCCAAGCAGCAGAUGGCCCAGCAGGUGCGCGAGUACCAGGAGCUGAUGAACGUCAAGCUUGCCCUGGACAUCGAGAUCGCCACCUACAGGAAGCUGCUGGAAGGGGAGGAGGACAGGCUCGGACACCAGUCUGUUGUCAAUGUCCAUUCCGUGCCAUCCAGUAAGUACAGUUCUUCCAGAUAAGAGGCCCCAAGGCCUUGCCCGUCCUGAUCAAGAUGAUCGAAACCCAAGACCGGUUCAGCUGAGCCCACCGUGUGAACACCUGUGUCCUCUAAUCCUGUGGCGCACGCAUACACACACACACACACACACACACACACACACGCACACACGCACACACACACACAACUCAAAAUAUUUAGGCUGAAUGUUUAUGUUUCCAGAAAACUGCUGAAGCUUGAUGUAAAAAUGUGUUAUUAUUAAAAACAUGUAACAUGUCCAGAAAAACCUGAACAGAUUUGAGAUUCGCCACCGCAGCUCAGCUUCUGUAGAAACAGGUUUUAGGGAGACUUAUAGUUUAUAUAGAUUUUAGUUUAUUUACAGAGAUUUUGGGCAGUGUGAAAAACAUCAUGUGACCUCUCACCAGGACCAGGGGCAGGACAGCCCAGUCACACCAAGACUCAAACUCCCUGCUGCAGAAAUCACGUUUCUUACCUGCAACUAAGAGUGUUCCCGUCCCACAAGCUCUUAUACCCCAAAAAGAACCCCCCGUCGGCACUGGGUUUGAAAUCUGUGAUUACUGGGCAGGACAAUCCUUCUCAAAUUCAAAUCCGAAUCCCCCUGCGGCAGCUGCAGACGCCACGAAGCCGGUUCGGAAGCCAUGAAUGUGCUGUGGUGGGACAGCCUGCACUCAGCCGGCUCUGCGGCUUCACCAGCAUUCUCAAAUAAACACCGUCUCCCCCUUCUGGUCUGGAGACUGACUGCACACACACACACACACACACACACUGGGGCUUACCUGUCACACACACACACUGGGGCUUAACUGUCACACACACUAACUGCACAAAUGGUUUAUUUCCUGUUUCUGGUCCCUUUUCAGUUUGCUCGUCAUAAAUCUGUAAAACUCACUGCCUGUCAUGAAAGACUUUGUUUUGUUAAGUAGAAAAUAAAUGUUUCCUCAAUCCUUCUGUAAACCCAAAUGCAAAUAAACGUUCAUGACGAAAG